AUGUACGCUGAUGAUUUGAUCCUUGUCACUAUUGCGUCUCGUAAGGUUGCUCGAUUUGUUAAGCUCUGUCUUCAAAUUUAUGGUCAGUUGACUGGUCAGGUUGCCAAUUCUGCGAAGUCGGAAGUGUUCUUUCCUUCUUGGGCUAAUGGGAGGGUUAUUCAGAGCAUUUGUGCCAUUUUGUCCUUUCAGCAGGGUUCCUUUCCUUUUACCUAUCUGGGAGUACUUAUCUCUCCCAGAAGGCUUGCGCAGACCUGCUUUAGGGGCAUGGUUGAGAAAGUUGAGAGAUCUAUUGCUACUUGGCACAAAUCUAAUAUUAUGCACCUAGUUAACAGCAGAGAUACUAUGCUUGACCAGAUUUCUAUUUGUGCUAGGAAUUUCCUUUGGUCCUCUAGUGGUAAUCGUAGUGGCAUGCACCUGGUUAACAGCAGAGAUACUAUGCUUGGUAGAUCUGAGGGGGGCCUCUCUAUUAAGAAUUUGAGGUUUUCUAAAGUGGCUUUGAUGGCUAAACAUGCUUUUAAUUAUCUGAAUUUGCGGGAUACAAUUUGGGUGGAUUUAAUUUUUCAUAAAUAUGGUUGUUUUAAUGUUUGGAAGGACUCAAUUCCGGUGAAUUGUUCGUGGUUUUUUCGGGGUCUUUGUCGUACUUUGAUUCAGAUUAAACCUUUUCUUUGGAUUAAGAAUGUUAAUCCCAGUGAUGUCUCUUUCUUGUUUGAUCCUUGGCUGUUUGAAAUCCCGUUAGCUUUUAAACCAACCUACCUCAAUAUGGAUUUAAAUCUUGAUGGUUUCUCUAUUAAUGAUUUUGUGGUGGAUAUUCACUGGAACUUGGCUGCUCUCCAGAGGGUUUUUGGAGAGCAGAUCAAUACUGAGGCUUUCCGACUUGGUUCUAUAUAUGCCAGUGACUCUUCACAUUGGGUUUGGUUCCCUAAGACCCCUCAUUGCAGUAGUCUUUCUAGCAAAGUCUAUGGCCAGCUUGGCAAAGUUAAGACUUCUGAGUUCCUUCAUGCCUUAAACAUUGGCCCUUUGGAGCUUUGUAUUUUUUGUGGACUUGUUCCUGAAACUAUUGAACAUCUUCUUCAUCAGUGUCCUAAAGCCCAGGCCAUUUGGGUUAAUGUUGGUAAUUUGGUUAAGAAGAAUAUUGCUUUCCCAGAAGGUUUUGCUGCAGGCCAGUGGCUUGUCUCUGCUAAUGGAGGCUUCUCCAAAUUUGUCAAGGCUGUUGUGGUGGCUACCGGCUGGUUACUGUGGAAGGCAAGAUGUAAUUCCAUUUUUAAGUUGGAACCUCCACAGUUUGGACUCAUCGCGCGUAGGGCUUUUGCGCUGGCUCAGGAAUACUCUUAUGCUAACGGCCGGAAUGUUGGGAAGAAUCUUAUACUUAAUAAUUUUAUCAGUUUGGAUGGGCCUUUUUUAUUUACUGCAUCCUUUUGUUCUAGGGAUUUGGAGCUGGGGGGUGCCGGUUUCCUUCUUGUUAAUUCUGAUUAUGUGGUAUCAUUGGCAGGGUGUGGUCCAGUGUUGAUUAAUUCAGAGACUGAUGCUGAGAUCAAGGCGCUGUCGUUGGCUCUUCAGGUUGCCGGAUUGCAUGGAGUGCGUUUCAGGCAUAUUUUCUUGAGUUGCUCUGCUUUACAUUCUUCUCUGAUGACGGAUGGAGUGGUGGACGACUGGCUUGCUGCUGCUGUUUUCUCCGGCCUUCAGAGUCAGCUUUGUGAGAUGGAUUUUCCUUCGAUCCAUGUCAUCCCCAGAGAUUGGAACCUGUGUGCUGCUCGUCUGGCUAGUCAUAAUGUUUCUCUGCAUUCCCUGUCUUUGUUUUUUCAGGGAAGAGACCUUCCUAGGUGGCUUAUGAAGGUUUUCCUUGCUAAUGGGUUUAGGAUGUUCUAG